AAUCUCAACAAUCUCCCAUGAUUUAAAUCCAAAAAAUGCAUCUUUUUCGCAUCAGAAUCACUCUCGCUAUCAAUCCAUAGAAAUUCAGAAAAAGGGUCACAAUCACAUCAGCGUAUUCUUCCUUCUGUUCUUGAAUUCUUCUAUGCUUUGAAAGGUUAUUGUUUUGAGCAGUUAAGAAAUGGCGGGUGAGAUUGGAGAAUCAGUCAGACUUGAAUUUAAGGCAGAAUCUUUUCUUUCGGGAUCGAUAUCAUUUGGGAGGUAUGAAAGGGAAGAUCUGUGUUGGGAGAGGAGGUCAUCUUUCUCUCAUAAUAGGUAUCUUGAAGAGGUCGAAAGGUGUUCAAAGCCGGGUUCAGUGACUGAGAAGAAAGCAAUUCUCGAGGCCCAUUUUAGAAAGAAGGGCAUUUUUGGUAUUUGUUCGCCUAGGAUCCGGAGUGAUGUAGUUUACCAAGUUAGUGAUAAUGACGCCACAGAGAAUAGGUGCUAUGGUGAUGAGUUCGCGCAUACACAUUCGCCAAAACCUGAUGAAGGGAUGGAUAGAUCUGUGUGUGGAAGUGAGCAUGGAAUGAAGGUGCAAGAAGGAGAAGUGUCUGAUUCAUCGAGUUUAGAUGCUCAGAUUGAAUAUUCAUGUGAUGAUGCCAGAGAUUUCGACUGUUGUUCUGAACGUGGGACAGUGGAAGAGGAGCAUUGUGACAAUCUGGGAAGUGUGCUUUCAAUGGACUCUAGAUUAGAGACAGAAGUGGACGAAGCCCUUGAUCGUGAUGCUGCUAAUUCAGAGAUGGCUAAUGUAUCAAAUCCGUCCACUGCCCUGAUUAGUGAUAAUCAUGGAGUUGAUGAGAAUGAAGAUGCCAGCCUCGAAGGCCAACGAGUUUCAGCUUCUGAGGAAAAUGCUCCAUCCCAAGCUGAACACGUGAAGCCAACAUCGCUACGUCUAGUUAGUGUUACAAAGACUAGAAGGUAUGCCUUCAACAGGGGAGUGUCGAACGGUUCAGAAAAAAGGCCUAAUAAAACAGUAUACAAUGAUCGGACGAUAUUGGAAGCCGAGAAGAAGAUCAAAGAAGCUACUGCUGAGGGCAAACAGUCAAAGCAGAAAUCCCCAAAACACGAGCCUGAUUCAAAAGCAAAAUGCGUCGAUGAUAUCAGAAGAGGUGAUAAAGAAUCAAGAAACAAACGAACACGGGUCCCUCGGUCCUGUGCUCUGAGAGAAGCUCCCAGUAGAGUGAAGCCUGCAGGUGGUGCGCCUCAACGAUUUGUAAAGCAGGAUACUUAUAGGUUCAGUUUCAAAUGCAAUGCACGUGCAGAGAGACGGAAAGAGUUUGAUAAGAAGAUAGACGAGAAUAUUCGUGCAAGAGAAGCCGAGAGACGCAAAAUUCAGCAAAAAGCAGAAGCUGAAAUCAAGCAGCUGAGGAAAACCUUGAACUUCAAGGCUAGACCGCUGCCCUCGUUUUACCAUAGAGUCGAGCGUGAGCCACAUAGAACCAAGACAUCGCAGCAACGCGUAGCUAGAAACGCGAAACCAACGACAAAAUGCUUGAGCCGUUGCAGCAUCUCUGAGAGGUCGAGAGCAAGCUUGAAGGCAGGCAUGGAGAAAGGGGGUGGAGGUCGAAAGAAGAAUGUUGAUGAAUCACGGGCGUCGAGCUGCCAUUCGACAGUGACGUCGGAUAGCAACCCGCCGUCCCCGGCCGUAAGUAGCUAGGUAGGUUGGUGGGAAGAAAGAAAGAGAUAAAAAUACCUUCAAACGGCCAUAAGAUCUAACAAGAAUACCAGACAGCUAAGUGCAAUAUCUCAUAAUUAAAUACUUUCUGAGGCAAAAUCAAUUAUUUAAAUUCUAGUUGCCACGAGAUGUUGGAUCUAUUACAUUCAUAUCUAUAUAGUUCUAAUUUCUAAA